AUGUCUCCUUUCACGUCAGCAUUUCUCGACAAUCCUUCUCUCUUUGAUCCUCGCACUUCUGCUGGAAUGAUUAGUCACAAAAAUCACUCUUACUCGUUGUUUGCUAUUGUGACGCAUAUCGGUGACUCGUCUGGUGCUGGGCACUAUAUAAGCUACGUUCGUCGGAAUCAGAACAAAUGGUAUCGAUGUGACGACCAUCAGAUCAAGGAGGUACACUACAGUGACGUGGUAAUGACUGAAGCUUACCUUUUAUUCUACCAGCUUACACAACUACGACUCAAUGAUCGGAAAUUCCUCGAUGCGGCUCAUCGGAUGUGUGGCGCGGUCACAAGCUUCCCCUGA